ACUUUCCUUAUUAGGGCGGAGUCGGGCGCCCGGAGUGGGCGGCGGGGCGAGGGGUGGGGCGGGGAGCCCUGGACAGCCUCAGCCGCAGCCGCCUCCGAGCGGCGCGAGCCAGCGGUCGGUCGCUGCGCCCGAGGGGGGCCCUUUCCCGCGACCCCGCUCCUCUCCCUCGGGCCGGGAUCUUCCUCUGUGCCCCUCCGGGUACCCCUGGUCCAAACCCCUCGCAACGACAUGGAAGAAUUUUUGCAACGCGCCAAAUCUAAACUGAAUCGAAGCAAACGCCUGGAGAAGGUCCAUGUGGUUAUUGGACCCAAAUCGUGUGACUUGGAUUCUCUCAUUUCUGCCUUCACCUAUGCGUACUUUCUAGAUAAGGUCAGUCCACCUGGGGUUCUCUGUUUACCAGUCCUGAACAUACCAAGAACUGAAUUCAUCUACUUCACCGAGACAAGGUUUAUUUUAGAAGAGCUAAAUAUCCCUGAAUCAUUCCACAUAUUCCGGGAUGAAAUUAACCUGCAUCAGCUAAAUGAUGAAGGGAAGUUAUCUAUAACACUUGUUGGCAGCAGCGUGCUGGCAAGUGAGGACAAAACUUUAGAAUCCGCAAUUGUCAAGGUCAUUAAUCCAGCUGAGCAGAGCGACACCAGCUUUGAGUUCCGCGAGUCCUCCUCUUCCCUGGUGCUGCAAGAGAUUCUCCAGGAGGCGCCCGAGCUCCUCACGGAGCAGCUGGCUCAGCUCCUCAGAGGUAGCAUCCUUUUCAAGUGGAUGGCCAUGGACUCAGAGAAGAUCACAGAGAAGCAGGAAGAAAUUCUUUCUGUCCUGGAAGAAAGAUUUCCAAACUUGCCUCCAAGAGAAGAUAUCAUCAACAUCCUUCAGGAGAGCCAGUUCAGUGCUCAAGGUUUAAGUAUUGAACAGACAAUGUUGAAAGAUCUAAAGGAACUGUCGGAUGGAGAAAUAAAAGUGGCCAUUAGUACUGUGAACAUGAACCUCGAGAAUUGUCUGUUUCACAGCAACAUCACCAGUGAUUUAAAAGCGUUUACAGACAAGUUUGGUUUUGAUGUCCUCAUCCUGUUCGCCAGCUACCUGUCAGAGGAGCAGCAGCCGAGACGACAGAUCGCUGUGUACUCCGAGAACCUAGAGCUGUGCAGUCAGAUCUGCUGUGAGCUGGAAGAGAGUCAGAACCCUUGCCUAGAACUGGAGCCCUUUGAUUGUGGCUGUGAUGAGAUCCUGGUGUACCAGCAGGAGGACCCUUCAGUGACUUGUGAUCAAGUGGUUCUCCUUGUCAAGGAAGUCAUCAACAGGAGGUGUUCAGAGAUGGUCUCCAACAGCCGGACGUCCUCAACAGAAGCAGUGGCAGGCAGUGCCCCCCUCUCCCAGGGAUCUUCUGGGAUUGUGGAGUUAUAUGGUUCUGAUGUAGAGCCACAGCCCAGCUCUGUGAAUUUCAUCGAAAACCCUCCAGAUCUCAACGAUUCGAACCAGGCUCAGGUGGAUGCUAACAUAGACCUUGUUAGCCCGGACAGCGGGUUGGCCACCAUUAGGAGCAGCCGUUCAUCCAAGGAGAGCUCAGUUUUCCUCAGUGAUGACAGCCCAGUGGGAGAAGGAGCUGGGCCUCACCACACCCUCCUCCCAGGGCUUGACUCCUAUAGUCCCAUCCCCGAAGGGGCAGUAGCAGAGGAGAAUGCACGGUCCGGAGAACACAGUGAACACUUUGACCUCUUCAACUUUGACUCAGCACCCCUGGCUUCUGGGCAGUCCCAACCGUCCUCCCAUUCUGCAGACUACUCCCCGGCAGAUGACUUCUUCCCCAACAGUGAUUCGUCAGAAGGACAGCUCCCCGCUGGGCCUAAAGGACUUGAUGGGACAGGGAUCAACAUGUCUAACCAUUCAUCCAGUUCACUCUUGUCAGGCCCUGGCAAAGAUAGCCUUGCAACAUUUGAUGACGAGUUUGUUCCAAGACAAGAAAGUCCCGGAGAUAACUCUGAAAGAAAUUUGAGCCUCACAGGUUUUGUGGGAGAUGAUUCUCCUUCACCAGAAAGGCUAAAAAAUAUUGGAAAGAGGAUCCCACCAACACCUAGGAAUAGCUUUGUAGAAAGUUCACCAUCCACUGAAGAACCAGACUCACUCUUUCCAGAAGAUAUGGCCCAAAAAGCAAUCAACACAGGUCACACAGGGCCACCUCAGACUCGUGCACGGUGCAGCAGCUGGUGGGGUGGUUUGGAAAUUGACUCCAAAAAUAUUGCGGAUGCAUGGAGUUCCAGUGAACAGGAAUCUGUCUUCCAGAGCCCUGAAUCGUGGAGAGAUCAUAAGUCAAGCUCAGUUGACAGGAGGGCCUCAGAUUCUGUAUUUCAACCAAAGAGUCUUGAAUUCCCAAAGUCAGGUCCCUGGGAGUCUGAAUUUGGUCAGCCUAAACUGGGCGGCAAUGAUAAUCAAGACCAAAAUGAGGAAAGCUUGCAGUUUCAGAACCUGCCCACAGAGAAGUCGCAUUUGCCAGAUGUUCCUCAGGGAACAAACCACCUGAUAAAAGACUUUGCUGCUUUGUGGCAUUCUGGUCACUCUCCCACAGUGAUGCCUGGGCCGUGGGGAAAUCCUACCGAUGACAGUGAACCGGCAGCUGCAGCCUCAUUCCCAGCCUGGAGUGCAUUUGGUAAAGAAGAUAAUGACGAAGCUUUAAAAAAUAGCUGGAAUCUACACCCCACGAGUGGUGAGACACCUUCUGUAAGGGACCCAAAUGAGUGGGCCAUGGCAAAAAGUGGGUUUGCUUUUUCUUCAGAAGACCUACUGGACAAUUCACCCAGUGAAGCAAGUAACGAAGCAGUUCCAGAAAUGUGGGGCAAGAACAAUGACUCUAGGGAUAAUAUCCUCCCAUCUGGAAAUCCCAGUUCCGAUCUGGCUCAUGCAUGGAAUAAUUCUAAGCCGCCAAAGGAUGAUCAGAAUGGUUUAGUAGAUCCUAAAACUGGGGGGAAGAUAUAUGAAAAGGUAGAUUCCUGGAACCUUUUUGAGGAGAAUAUUAAGAAAAGAGGGUCAGAUGUCCUAGCUCCUUGGGAAGAGUCCUUCUUGUCCUAUAAAUGCUCUGAUUACAGUGCGUCCAACAUAGGGGAGGAUUCGGUGCCUUCCCCCUUGGAUACCAACUACUCCACCUCUGACUCUUACACAUCACCAACAUUUGCUGGAGAAGAGAAAGAAACUGAAAACAAGCCAUUUGCUAAAGACGAAGGUUUUGAGGCAAAAGGUGCUAACUCUACUGCACAGGAAGCUGAAAUGCCUCCUCAGUCACCGCUGCAGCCACCUAGAAAUCGAAUCAGUUCGGGACCUGGGAACCUAGACAUGUGGGCUUCACCUCAUGCAGAUAAUAGUUCUGAAACAAAUGCCGCUGAUGACCCAGAUACAAAUCUACUCCAGACCGAGCACGCAGAUAGUAAGAGCAUCUCUGUGGAGGAUGACAUGGGGGAAAGCAGCCAGUCCAGUUACGACGACCCCAGCAUGAUGCAGCUGUACAACGAGACCAACCGACAGCUCACGCUUUUGCACAGCAGCACCAACUCACGGCAGGCGGGCCCCGACACUCUGGACUUGUGGAACAGGGUGAUUCUGGAGGACACUCAGUCCACCGCGACGAUCUCGGAUAUGGACAACGAUUUGGACUGGGACGACUGCAGCGGGGGGGUGGCGAUCACCAGUGACGGUCAAGAAGAAGGCUACAUGGCUGAAGGCUCCGAACCGCAAACCCGGUUUUCAGUGAGACAGCUGGAACCCUGGGGCACGGAGUAUCAGGAAGCGAAUCAGGCAGACUGGGAACCCCCUGCCUCUGCUGAGCACACCGAGGAGACUGCUCCCCACAAAUACCACACAGUGAAUGAGAAAAGUGGACAGCUGAUCGCCAACAGCAUUUGGGAUUCCGUGAUGAGAGAUAAAGACAUGUCGUCAUUCGUGUUACCAGACUCAUCAGUUAUUACAGAUUCAGAACAAAGCAAAUUACCUCCUGAAACUUCCAGCCACGCAGCAAACGUUAAGGACACUCACAGCCCAGAUGUGCUAGAAGCCUCUGGAACCAGGGAGUCAGGAGCACUUACAGCUCAUCUUGACCACCAGGACACACUGAGGGGGAUGCUGCAAAGUGAUACAGGGUCCUUGGUGACCAGCCUUGAGAACCCAGGGCAUUUUGCGCACUCAGAUCCAUGGAAAGGUCAGAGCUAUGGACAAAGUGAAAGCGAGAAGGAAGCCCCCGGAGCCACUGACAGGGGGCUCCUCAAUGAGGAAGUGAUUGGCUCUGGGGUGGACAGCAUCUCUGGGAUUUCUGAAAAAGGACAAAGUGACCAGGAACUCUCUUCUGCAGUUGCAUCUGAACAUCAAGAAAUCUGCAUUGAACCAGGCAAAAUCAGUUCUCUUUCAGUCACUUUUAGUCCUCAAACUGAGGAGGCAGAGGAAGUUUUAGAGUAUGAGAAGCAGUCUUACAAUCUAGACUCCUGUGAUGUGCAAACAGAGGUGUCCGCAGACAACCUGCAGGCAGAAGAUGCCUAUGAAAAGCACCUCAUGAGUCAUAGAAAUUCUGGUGAAACCACUGAGAUUUCAAGUAGUAUAAAUUUAACAACAAAUGUAUCAUUACCUGAAAUGGAUCUUGAGAAAAUGGAAGAAUGUAACAUCUUGGAGCCAGAGAGAGUGAACAAAGAGCCCCCUCAUGAAUUUCCCCAAAGCCUUGACGUUCGGGAUGGCCCUCUGGACAGUGAUGUGCAGGUGAGUUGCACAAGUCCUGAGAUAACUGAGAAUCUUGAAGUUCAGGAGACUGAAAACAGCCUUCAAGGAGCCAUUUUACCUGGAAAUCAUGACGAAGAUAGUAUUUCUAGUGAGUAUACUCCUUCCAGUGCAUCAAGUCCUGACCUAGAUGAUUCUUCAGCUGCAUUAUCCUCCUGGGGGCAACCACCCAGCACUGAGCAUCACAAAGAGAACCGAGAUGACUGGAGUGAGCAGAGUCGCCAAGAAUCUGGACUAAUUACCACCACUGAUGGCCAAGCAGAAGUAACUCCUGAAAUGAAGGAUUUAGAGAAAAACAAAACGGAUGAGUCUGAUCACAAAGUUCCUAAAUUUUUAGAGAUUUGGAAUGACUCCAUUGAUGGUGACUCCUUAUCCUCUUUAUCCAGUCCUGAGACAGGUAAAUAUUCUGAAUAUUCAGGUGCACACGAGGAAAGAAAUCUGAUGGUUAGCCAUCAGCAGAAAGAUGAACGUGACAUUCCUGAAACCGUGCAGCCAGAGGUUGCCAAGGUCAUUUCAACCAGCUCUGGUUCUGAGGAUGAUGAUGCGGGUGGUGAAGAAUCAGUGGAGGCAGAGACCCAUUUAGCUGCUUGCCAUGUUGCUCAGAGAGAACCCAGAGCCUGGGAUUCAUUGAAGGAAUCUGAUAAGUUCUUGGCUACAGCUGAUCCCAAGUCUGAGGAAUUUUCUGACCACCUAGGCAGCCCAGAACCAGCUGAGAGUAAGUCAGACCCAUUCGGUGACAAUCAACAAAGCAGCCCUGAUCACUGGAAUUUUUCACCGCUAAUGGAGACUGAAAUACAGGCUACCACAGUGGAGAGGGAGACAAGAUCUUCUCCAGAAACAAAGAACACAGGAGAUGUCACAUGGCAACUAUCUCCCAACACGGAACCAAAGAAUGAAGAUAAUUCUAAAUUGGAGAUGCUGGGCUUCUCGGCUGAGAGCAGCGAGUGGUGGAACACCCCCCCACAGGAAGGCAGACCAAUCGAGAAUGCAUUGGAAGGGGGCCUGUCUGACUCAAGUGGUGUGUUAGAGAUAAAUUCCUCAGUACACCAGAAUGGGGGUCCCUGGGGCGUGCCCAUCCAGCGUGAUUUCGAGUCCAUGGAAACACACUGUACUAAUCCUUUCAGUGACAAACAUCAGUCACCCUUUCUGAAUGGUGAUGGGGAGAAGUCCUGUGAGCAGCUUUGGAACAUUCAGCCAAGGCAGCCAGACCCACAUGCCGAUCAGUUUAGCCAGCUUGUGAUAUUGGACCAAAUUAAAGAAAAGAACUCAAGAGAGCAAACUUUCAUGUCUUCUGCCGGUGAGGAGCUCAGUUCUGAAACGCCUACCCAGGAGCAGCAUCAGGGUGCCAUGCUGGCAGUAUGGGAUCACCCGGACCCAGCACUGACUCGCCCCGAUGACAAUGGAUGCGUUUUAGCUAAUGUUUCAACUAUCGAGCGUCAGGAAACAAAUUGGCAGGAACAAGAACAACCAAGCCUCAGUGAAAUGACAAAUUUGAGCGUUGCCACAGAAAAUUUCCCUGCUGUCAGUUCUCCCACUCAACUGAUAAAGACGUCAGGCUCUGAAUGGGAGGGCUCUAGCCCCAGGGAGGGCCCCCAAGCUACCUUUGUUCCAGAUAUUUUACCUGGCAACUUUCAAGAGGGUGGGCAACUGGCCUCAGCUUCGCCUGACUUGUGGACGGAUGCGAAACAGCCCUUCAGCUUGAAAGCAGACGGUGACAAUCCUGACCUACUGACUCACUGUGAGCACGACAGCAACUCUCAGGCUUCCCACAGCCCUGAUAUCUGUCAUGACUCUGAAGCAAAGCAGGAUUCUGAGCAGCACAUCAGUGCUUGUGUGGGCCCUGACGUGGGGUCCAGUGAGCUUUAUCUCACUGAGCCAGAGGAGGAUGAAGAGCCCAGUCAGGAGCCUGGGCAGGAAUUUGUCCCCUACAAUUCCAAACUCUAUUCUGAAAAUGCAAUUCCACUGCCUCCAGUUGGCGAUCAAGCAAACAUAAAUGGCUUCUCCCAGCCUGCUUCUCAGAGAGGUUCUCCUGAACCUUCUGAAAUAAAUGGUGACAACAGCACAGGUUUUAAAGCAUCAGAAAACAGAACCAGCCCAGAUCUGGCACCAGUUUUGGAACUUGUUGACAGAACAACCCCAGGGAUGGAAAAUACGGAAACUAGCAUUUUUAUAACUCACCAAGAGACAGCUGUGGAAGGAAAUGCUUCUUGGGUAUCGGGAGGCUCGUCUCCUGAGAGUCAGGCAGGUGCAGGGGCCUUGUCUGACAGCGAGCCACAUUUUGCUUCUGGGAAUCGGGCCACAGUCACUGAUGCUUUGCUAGCCUCGGACACUUGUCUGGACGUAAGCGAAGCUGCCUUCGAUCACAGUUUCAGCGAUGCCUCUGGUCUCAACACAUCCACAGGAACGAUAGAUGACAUGAGUAAACUGACAUUGUCAGAGGGCCAUCCUGAAACACCAGUUGAUGGGGACCUUGGGAAGCAAGAUAUCUGUUCAUCCGAAGCCUCGUGGGGUGAUUUUGAAUGUGAAGUAAUGGGCCAGAAUAUCGAUGAAGACUUAAUGAGAGAGCCUGAACACUUCCUCUACGGCGGUGACCCUCCUUUGGAGGAGGAUGCUCUGAAGCAGUCGCUGGCACCGUACACACCUCCCUUUGAUUUGUCCUAUCUCACGGAACCUACCCACGGUGCUGGAACAGCAGAGGAGGCUGGGUCUCCAGAGGAUGAGUCUCUGGGGAGCAAAGCAGCAGAGACAGUGCUUUCUACCCUUCCUGAUUGGCAAAGUGAGGGAAACCAUGCUGAGCCCCAAACCAGACAGCCUGGACCCCAGCUGGUUGUGCUGCACAUUGAUGAAGACCCUGAGUCCGUUCCUUUACCUGAAGAAGCAGGCUCCAGUAUUUUGUCUCCAUCAAACAUUGACUGGGAAGUAGAAACAGAUAAUUCUGAUUCACCAGCAGGUGGAGACAUAGGAUCACCAAACGGUGCUAGCAAGGAAAUAUUAGAGUUGGGAGAAGAAAAAAUAAUUUCUACCAAAGAGUCUGAGCAGAUAAAAUUCAAAUACAAGGAGGAAAGAUGCACAGAGAAGUAUGAAGAUCCUCAUGUACUCCACAUGGAUUACAUACUUGUAAACCAUGAAGAAAACUCACCCCUGAAGCCAGAGGCCUGUGAAGCAAGAGAAAGCAUAUCAGAAUUAGAAGAAUCUUAUAUAAGUUCGGAAAAAACAGGACUGCCAGGAACUCAAUUAGCAGGCUUCCCAGACACAUGUCAGCCUGCUUCCCUAAAUGAAAGAAAAGAUCUUUCUGCAGAGAGAAUGUCUUCCAAAGAAGACAAGAGAUCAUUGAGAUCAUCUCUUGAGAGCCCUGUGCAAGAUCAGAGUUGGAUGGUCUUGGGCCAUACUGAGGUUAGUGAUCUGUCGUUGGAAGAAGCCAGGGACUCAGGGCCUGGAUGGCCUGGCAAGACUGUGGAGCCAUUCUCUGAUCUCAGCAUGAACAACGGUCCCCAGAUGCAGGUUCUGGAAGAAAUAAAGCCUCUAGAAUCUUUAGCACUAGAGGAAGCUUCUGGUCUGAUCAGCCAAUCACAGACGAUCAAGAGCCAAGGCAGGGCCAGCCCGGAUGCAGUGACAUUGCAGGCUGUCACCCAUGACAAUGAAUGGGAAAUGCUUUCACCACAGCCUUCUCAGAAAAACGUGAUCCCUGACACGGAAAUGGAGGAGGAGACAGAGUUCCUUGAGCCCAGAACCAGGAAACCAAGAUCAAAUGGACUACUGUCAGAGGAUGUAGGAAUGGACAUCCCCUUUGAGGAGGGAAUGCUGAGUCCCGGUGCUGCAGACAUGAGGCCUGAACCUCCUAAUUCUCUGGAUCUUAAUGGCACUCAUCCUCGGAGAAUCAAGCUCACAGCCCCGAAUAUCAAUCUUUCUCUGGACCAAAGUGAAGGAUCUAUUCUCUCCGAUGAUAACCUGGACAGUCCGGAUGAAAUUGAUAUCAAUGUGGAUGAACUCGACACUCCUGAUGAAGCAGAUUCUUUUGAGUACACUGGCCAUGAAGAUCCCACCACCAACAAAGAUUCUGGCCCAGAGUCAGAGUCUAUUCCAGAAUACACAGCCGCAGAGGAGCGAGAGGACAACCGGCUGUGGAGGACAGUGGUGAUUGGAGAGCAAGAGCAGCGGAUUGACAUGAAGGUCAUCGAGCCCUACAGGAGGGUCAUUUCUCACGGAGGAGAUUCAGGAUACUAUGGGGAUGGUCUAAAUGCCAUCAUUGUGUUUGCCGCCUGUUUUCUGCCAGACAGCAGUCGGGCGGAUUACCACUAUGUCAUGGAAAAUCUUUUCCUAUAUGUAAUAAGUACUUUAGAGUUGAUGGUAGCUGAAGACUAUAUGAUUGUGUACUUGAAUGGCGCAACCCCAAGACGCAAGAUGCCUGGGCUAGGCUGGAUGAAGAAAUGCUACCAGAUGAUUGAUAGACGAUUACGGAAGAAUUUGAAGUCAUUCAUCAUUGUUCAUCCAUCCUGGUUCAUCAGAACAAUCCUUGCAGUUACACGACCCUUUAUAAGUUCAAAAUUCAGCAGUAAAAUUAAAUAUGUCAGUAGCUUAUCAGAACUCAGUGGGCUGAUCCCAAUGGAUUGCAUCCACAUUCCAGAGAGCAUCAUCAAGUACGAUGAAGAGAGAUCUUAUAAGAGAAGUGUGAGUAUUGACUUGAAGCUGAAAGAAAAGCCCUAGUUGGCCCUGCUGGAAGAGAAGGACUGCUGCGUGGUUCUGUUGAAACAUAUCUACCUGGAAGAGACAGGGCUGAUGUUACCUUUUUCCACUUUGCACUACCUGGUGCCAUUCUAAAUUUCUAAGGGGUAAAAUAGGAAGUGAAUUUGUUUACUUUUAACAUGUUUUAUGAAAUUGUGUGUGCUUUCCUAUUUUGCCAAUUAUGUGCCUCAAAGAUUUUAGUUGAACCUUAGCAAGAAAGUAGGACCUGCCAUUUCAAUAUUUCACUAACACUUGGUGCAGUGGUAUUUCAUCCCUUAGACCAGCAUUUACCAGUAAGGUACCUUUAAUCUAUGUUAAGUGUGAGUGGAUAUGUUUCCAUAGAUUAGCUGGAUUUCUCUUUGGUAAUCGUUUUAGGUUUAAAGUACACAGGGCUCAACUCUCCCCAGGAAAGUUGCCCCCAUGUAACUCCACCUUCAAAAUCCUAAGCCUGCGUAGGGUAGCCACAAACCAGACACCAGUGUAAAACCAUCAUCCUCCAAGUACCCACUUUGUUCUUGCUCAUGUGCAUCGCUUUUAAUCUCUCAAAGGGAAGCUAGGCUUUCGAACUCACAUCAAUUUUAUUUUAGUUAUCAAGUUGGGCAUCAUGUUUUAUGUGAACUGCUCCUUUAAAAAAAAAAAAAUCAUCAUUUCUCCAAUGAAUGUUGAUGACCUCCACAUUGCAAAACCUAAGGAUCAGUGUUGCAUGUUUGCUGUCUGUCUCCCCUGCAGGCCACAAACCUUGCUCAAGAUGUUACAUUUUAAGUGCCAAGAACUCCGUGUAAGAUGGCCUACUCAAAAAUUAUUUGGUAACAUUCAGUUAUCCAAAUUUCUCUCUGACAUGCAUUAUAAAAGGAGAUCUGUUUUAAACACUCUAAACUGAUCACAGGCUUAAAAAUAAAUUCUAGUUUGUACUAUCAUAAGAUAUUUUCAUAUGCCCUUUGACAAUGCCAAUGUGAUUUCAGAUCUGUGGAUCUCUGGCAGAGGGGCUGGCAAACUACAGCCACAUCUAGCUCACCAUCGUAAGCUGAAAAUGGUUUUGACGUUUUUGGUUGGCAAAAAAUUUUUUUGAAUAUUUCAUGACACAUGAAAAUUAUUCAAAUUUUAGUAUCCAUAAAUAAAGUGUUAUUGAAACACGGCCACACAAAUUUGUUUUCGUACUGUUUAUGGCUACUUUCACACUAUAAUGGUAGAGCUGAGUAAUUGCAAGAGACCAUAUGGCCUACGAAGCCUAAAACAUUUACUAUCUUUACAAAAAAGUUUGCUGACCCCUGGUCUCUAGCAAAUACAUCCUUUCUCACUCCAUCUCCUAUUUGUAUGUAGUUUCUGUAACAGAAUGGACAGAUAAGCCUGCAAAAUAAUUGAUUUUUUUCAGAAAGAAAUUUUUGACAUCCAGAGACAGUCAGAUAUACUACAUGGCCUGCUGAAAAAGACAAGACACUGUAGCCGUGAAGGCAUGGCUCAGGUUGUGUUGCUAGACCCAAAGUGGAGCCUUCUUAGAAGCUCUUCUGUAGCUAUUUACAGAUGUUGCCAAAGUCUUCGCUUUACUCUGAGAAUGUUUCUUAGUCUCCAGGGUCUCCUAUUACAAAUAAACUGGUAGAAAUGUGAAGUGGAGAGGGUCACCAUCGGCUCAUGGUGGUAACUUCAUCCGGAAGAGCUGUCUGGGACACCUUGAGCCUUGAACUGCUUUGAAGUAGAACAGGUGGCUGAGUUUCUCUGACCUCAUUUGCUUCAUGUCUCCCUGCCUCCUUCCAUAGAGGCCCACACAUACACUCAGGUCAGCUCUCUUUUCUCCUUGAGCCUCCAUAGUUAUCCGUUUUCCCCUCUUGAUUUUUUCAACUUAGUAUCUUGUCGAACUGUGUAUUCUAUUGGAUCUCCUUCCUCAUGACAUCUGACUUAUCUGAUAAAAAAUAAAAAACCUAGAGCCCACCCUCUCUCACAGCCAACCUCUGCUUUUGGAAGGCCAAAUUAUGCCUCUCCCAGAACACAGUGUUGACAUAAAUACACUGACUCAAUAUUCUGGUUUGUACACCGAUUUACCACUCUCACUCAGUAGUGUCCCAUCUUGGAAAAUGAAUUCCAUGGUCACUCUAGUCACAGGAAGUAAUGAAAAAAUCAAUGUUCAGUUCAGUGGUACGAAUCUGAGCGCGUUGCCCUGUUUGUAGAGGGCUCUUGUUACAGCCAACCAGACAUAGCAACAACCUUACCAUUCAUAUUUUUUUCUGAACUUGUCCAGCCCAUUUAUGGAAGACCACUCAGGUGGUCUGCUGUUUGAAGCUUCAUCUUCCUACACAGAAAUUAUGAGCAUCUUUCCCAAUCGAUGAUUUUGUUCAGGCUGUUCUAUGGUCUGCAUACCCACUCUGAUAUUUAGGCAUCUGCUAUUUUAUUAUCUUAAAAAGAUAAAUUAAUUUAAUUGCAUGUGCUAGAAAAAAGCUACCAUGUAAAUCCAAUCCAAGUAAAUAGAAUCAUAGCCAAAUCCUGAAAAAAUAAUCCCUAAGAAGAUAGGUAGACCUAUGUAAACAUCCACACCAUUCAGCUAUCUAGCGCUCACAUUCUGAGUAUUCUUGCUUUGGUUCUAACUUCUGGGAACUGCUUUGCAAUUUUCCUGUAGAUUUGUAGUGAAGGGAACCAAGGAGUCAUUGGGGUAUAUGAAUUGUUUUCUCAAAGUGGCUAUUGCUCUUUGCCUAGCUCCUUGAUUAAGGGAAAGAACAAAAAUCUGCACAGAAGUUACUGUCAAGGAAUGAGAAAAUUUCUUUGAGGGCAAUAGCUAGGUGUGGAAGAAAACCUCGAAGUUCCUGUUGAAGCCAUACAACGUUUUGUGGGGUUACCCUCUAAGACAGACCCUGAGAUAUGUGAGGAAGUCACUACUCCUAGCCUUUGUUAUUAAGAUAUCGUUUUAAGUAUUCAGUUGUGGUACUAUGUUUGCAACUCUCGUCUUAUCACAAUGCCUCAGUAGUUUGCUCCCUUAGAAACAUUUAGAUGUGCACAAAUUAAUCUUUUAUAUAUUUAAAGGUUUUUCUAUCAUGUAUUUGAUUGCUCAGAAGAAAGUAUCUAUUAGACUUUGUUUUGGUAAAUAAAUUCUCCCUAAAUAAUGUGGAUUAAUAAUAUAAAAAUAUGUAAUGACACAAUAUAUCUAUAUAGCCUCUCUGUAUAAUUCAGAAAUAAAAAUUGAUUC